AGAUCAUUACAGUCUUACUUGAAAAACUGCAGCACAACUUCAGUAACACCUUUGUCUCACUCUGGUGGAUACAUCAUGGCGAGGUUCACCCAUAAAGAGGAAACUGAGAUCUCUGUUGACUGCAGAAACCAGUCUGAUGCUCCAGUGAUAAAUUUCACUUUAAGGAACAGCUCUGAUACAGUGUCUGGGAGAAAACUGUACAUUCUGGUGGCUGUGAGUUUUGGGCUUUUGUGCAUCCUGCAAGCAGUUCUCAACAUUUCACUGCGUCUUGCUCAAAUCCAUGAAGACAGAAGGAGCAUGAUGACAACUCAGUUACAGCUAGAAAAAGGCAACUUGACCACAGAGAGAGAUGACCUAAAGACCAGAUACAGUAAACUAGAAAGUCUCAACUACAAUCUGACCCAAAUCAUCAGUUACUUAGAGAAUGAGAAACACAACUUGGAGACUGUAAACAGAAACCUGAUCAGAGAGCGUUCGAACAAAAUAUGUGAUAAUUGGAUAGACUAUGGCAGCAGUUGUUAUUUAAUCUCCACUGGAAUGAAAAACUGGUACAGCAGCAAAGCAGAAUGUGAAAAGCUCGGUGCACAUCUGGCUAUUAUAUCGAGUGAAGAUGAACAGAGAUUCAUUGGAAGCUUUAACAAGCCUUUGUGGAUUGGACUAACUGACAAGGAGACUGAAGGGAUCUGGAAAUGGGUGGACGGGACGCCACUGACCAGAAGUUACUGGGACAUCAACGAGCCGAACAAUGAUGACGAAGGUCUGAACGAAAACUGUGCAGAAAUAAGGGGUCAUCACAGUAAGAAGUGGAACGACGCACAAUGUGUAAUUGCAAAAUUUUCAAUCUGUGAAAAGAAGAAGAAAUGCUGUUAAUCCAGCAUCCAAACAAGUAAAGAGAAAUAAUCCACAUUUUGAUCAAGCUGAACGUUUUGUCUCCUGUAGCCUGUUAAA